UGUGUGUUUCUCCUGUCCCCACCCUAGGAGGUGUCAGAGCUGGAGCUGACUAUCCAGAAGUCCAAGCAAAAUGACACUCGGCCCCGAGAGGUGCUUCUGGUCCUCAGUGCAAACAAGAACAUGCUCCUGCAGUUACAGGCCCCAGGAAUCCCACUCAACCUGGCCUUCAACCCCAAACUGAUCUUCCAAGGGCACCCAGGAGUCAAUACCACACAGCUGCCGCCCUUCACCACCCAGAAGCAGUUCCUCGACUGGGCAGAAACGAAGGGCCCCAUUGCAUCUAUCGCUGAGCUGAGCGACCCUCAAAGCAUCCUCCUCCGUCUGGACCAAGCCCCGAGGGUACCAUCCUCCUGCAAUCCGGAACCCCUCACGGACAUGGGCCACACUCUCGAAUGGAGCCCGCUCACUCGCGCCUCUGUCCGGGGCUGCCAUUUGGAAGGUGUGCCUGGCCACAAGGAAGCGCACAUCGUGAGGGUCCUGCCAGGCACCGAGGCCGGGCCCCGGACAGUGACCGUCAAGGUGGAGCUGCGUUGUGCUUCGGGGGAUCCCGACGCUGUGCUUAUCCUGCAAGGUCCAUCCUACGUGUCCUGGCUCAUCGACGCCAACCACAACAUGCAGAUCUGGACCACUGGUGAAUACUCCUUCAAGAUCUUUCCAGAGAAGAACAUCCGUGGCUUCGUGCUCCCGGAUACACCCCAAGGCCUGCUAGGGGAGGCCCGGAGACUCAACGCCAGCAUGGUAGCGUCCUUUGUGGAGCUCCCUCUGGCCAGUGUCGUCUCACUGCAGGCCCACAGCUGCGGUGGUGGGCCGCAGACCUCUCCCCCACCCGUCCGGACCACCCCUCCCAAGGAGAGCUGCAACCAGGAGCUGCUCCUGUCCCUGAUCCAGCCCAACUGCUCCAAAGAUGUCAUGACUGUGGUGCUCAAGAAAGACCUCAUCUCGACUCUGAGGUGCACCAUCACAAGCCUGACCUUCUCGGACCCCAGCUGCCAGGCUGAGGACAGAGAUGACCAGUUUGUCUUGCGCAGCACCUACUCCAACUGUGGCAUGAAAGUGACAGAAAAUGUGGUCAGGAAUGAGGUGGUGGUCAACCUCUUGUCAAGCUCAUCACCGCAGUGGAAGAAGGUGCACUGCAUCAACAUGGAGAGCCUCUCCUUCCAGCUGGGCCUGUACCUCAGCCCGCACUUCCUCCAGGUCUCCCACACCAUCGAGCUGGGGCAACAGGGCUUUGUGCAGGUGAGCAUGUCCCCAUCGAUCCCGGAGCUCAUGCUCCAGCUGGACAGCUGCCACCUGGAUUUGGGGCCUGACGCAGACACCGUGGAACUCAUCCAGAGCCAGACCGCCAAGGGCAGCUGUGUAAGCCUGCUGUCCCCAGGCCCUGGUGGGGACGUGCGCUUCAGCUUCCUCCUCCGUGGCUACAUGGUGCCCACACCCACGACUGGCACCCUCAGCUGCACCAUAGCCCUGCGUUCAAGGAGUUUGUCCCCGGACGCCCACAGGACUAUCUCCACGCGUCUGAACAUCGUCAGCCCUGGCCUGCCUGACAAAGGCCUCGUCCUGCCCGCUGUGCUGGGCAUCACCUUCGGCGCCUUCCUCAUUGGGGCCCUGCUCACCGCCGCGCUCUGGUACAUCUACUCGCACACGCGUCCCCCCGGCAAGCGGGAGCCCGUGGUGGCGGUGGCUGCCCCGGCCUCCUCAGAGACCAGUAGCACCAACCACAGCAUUGGGAGCACCCAGAGCACCCCCUGCUCCACCAGCAGCGUGGCGUAGCACCCGGCCCGGACACCUCCGGGCCCCCCAGGCAGCGCUCGCCCAGCAGCCACCAGCUGGGAACCACUGGCCAUGAACUUACCCCGGGACCCCAAGCCCUCUACUCGACCAAGGAUGGACCAUGCCCUCUGCACCCACCCCUCCUGCCUCCCUCUCAGAGGUCUGCUGCCAGCAGGGGCACGAGCUCGGAACACCUUGGGGGUACCCCCACCCCACCGAACCUUCAAACCCAGUGGGCCCGGACUACGGCUGCCCAGCACCACGGAGAGGGAGACCACUGCCCUCCAAGUCCACACUGUUGUAGAAACCGAGUCCCUGUAGUUUUCACCUGGAUCCAGCACCUGGUGACCGGGGCUGGGUGGGAGGGAAGAACUCAAAACAGACUCACCCAGGCCUCCUGCACGGAAACAGAAGAGGGCCAGCCCAGAGCCACCUGGACCUGCUCCCAGCGGCCUCCACACCUGGCCUGGCACUACUCUGGCAAGGGAAACAGAAGCCUAGGGGUGCCCAGCCUGGGAAGUGGGGACCCUAGCUCCUCCCGCAACUGUCACAUGGAGGACCCCCCCCCCCCCCCCACGAGGCAGGCAUCUGAUGGGAAGUGGCCCUACUGUCUGGCCUGGACCCACCCCUAUAUACUCACCACCAAUAAAUUAGACCAUGAAAUCCGU